AUGGCUUUGCAUGCACCAAGAAGGUGGAAUGUGAAAUGGGUUGCUGCAAAGGCUCUCAUUGCUUUUGUUCUUCUUCACCAUUGGCCAAGUAUGAAAUUUGGAUGGAGAAUAAUAGUUGGGAGCAUAGUUGGAUUCUUAGGAUCAGCAUUUGGGACUGUGGGAGGUGUUGGUGGGGGUGGCAUCUUUGUGCCCAUGCUUACUCUUAUUGUUGGAUUCGAUCAAAAAUCAGCAACAGCAAUCUCAAAAUGCAUGAUUACUGGUGGAGCAACAGCAACUGUUUUCUACAAUUUGAGGCAAAGACAUCCCACACUUGAUUUGCCUGUGAUUGAUUAUGACUUAGCACUUCUUUUCCAACCAAUGUUGAUGCUUGGAAUCAGCAUUGGAGUUGCUUUCAAUGUCAUCUUUCCUGAAUGGAUGCUAACAGUUUUACUGAUAAUAUUUUUUGCUGGCAUUUCAAUUAAAUCCUUCUUAAAGGGUAUUGAUACAUGGAAGAAAGAAACCAUCAUGAAGAAGGAAGCUAAGAAGAAUUCACGGAUUGAUGACAUUGGAACUCCUGAAGAUGCUGCAUAUUAUAUUCAAACAGAAGACCCUGCCAAAGACUAUACUAUUGAACCAAGGAAAAAAGUUUCUAUUAUUGAGAACAUUCGUUGGAAGGAACUUGGACUUCUCUUUGCUGGUUGGAUCAUGAUACUUGGACUAGAGAUUGGAAAAGUUAAAACACACAGCAACUUGCUCACGGGUAUAUUGGCUAAUGAAUCUACUUCAGGUCCCCAUAGCUGUAGGAAUGAGUUCAUAUGA